AUGGCCCCACAACCUGGGAACUCUGGAGCGAGGCCUGAUACUGGCAACAAACGAAAAGACGUGCCCCAAACCCAGGGUGCUGGCCGCGCCUUCAAGCGCGUCAAGGUCCAAGAUGCGCGUUCCAUCCGGUCCCAGCCCGCGGAUGCCGCCCUCAAGGACGGGGAACUGGAUUUGCAGGCAUUUCUGAACGCACGCCAUUUCGAGAUCGGGGCUCUCCAGGAUGGAAUGCGCAAGUCUAAAGCCCUCAACAACCGCCGGGCCUUCCAGCUCGUGCCGAGGGAGAUGCGCCGCCGCACCGCCUCGCACAACGUGAAGAAGCUUCCCAAGCGGCUGCGGAAUAGGGCCAGGCGGGAGCAGCUCCAGGACAACACACCUACCGUCGUAGCCGGGAAGAGGAAGCCGAAGACCACGAGGGCACGCAUACGCCUGGAGUCGGCCAAACGACUAGGCAUUCUGGCGGAGAAGAAACGAAAGCGCAAGCUGAGAGAGGCGAAGGCCAAGGCCAAGGCCGGCGGUGGCAGUGUUGGUGCUGGCGAGAAGGAGGAGUCUUCUGCUGCAUUUAAACAGUUGAUCGAGACAAGGCCAGCCAGACCAAAGAUACGGAGAAACUUGUUGAACGACCCGCCAAAACCCAAGGCAAAAUUCAGGAAACGCCAGAUUGAAAAGACCUGGCUACCUACACAUCUUUGGCACGCAAAGCGGGCAAGGAUGACACCCCCCAAGGAGCCUUUGUGGCGAUUUGCUGUUCCCCUGACGCCCAACGAAAAAGUCUACAGAAUCACGCAUCGAGCUUCAAGUGCGCAAGGCGCUGUGGUCUGGGAUAUGUCCUAUAUGAGUACCAUCGGCUUGUAUGGCCAUGCCUCAGGCGUUGAGAGGACUUUGAGAUCCCUAGGUCUGUCCCAUGACAGCCUAUGGGACGAUCGAGGCAAGAAGUGGAGAGAAGGCCGGCGCAAGUGGUCAGGUAUCCUCAGCAAGCAGACUGGCGGCGACGCAAGGAGACAGAUUGGUCCUGCUACAGUCAUAUGGAACCCAGAAUCAGUCGCCACUCAAGGGCUCCCUCCGGAGGUCGCAGACGCUGAUUCCUCAAAAAGGCACGAAAAAGCCCAACGGCAGCUCUACAUACGGCUGCAUCCAUCGUGUUUCCUGGAGGUUUUCAAUAUUCUUGUCGCCCUCAACAAACGAGAGCAUCCACGCCUCUAUGUGGAGGACCUUCGCUUUGAGAUUGGCAGCAUCGAGCUGAUUGGUCCCGGUGCAACAGAGGUUCUCUCCGGCAUUAUAGCUUCAUACCACAGCAAGGAAAGUUCCAAAGAGGCUCACGCGAAGCAAUUCGAGUUCCUAGCCGCGAGUAGCAAUGCGGCCGCGCCUCCAAGCGACAUAGUCUUGGGUUUCUCUGCGCAAGAUCCUCGUCUACGAUAUCCUCCGCGCACAGUACAGGCCCACAUCUCCUCCGAAGAGCAAACCAAUGGUUGUUCUGCAUUCCAGGGCACGUCAGAUGAGGCGAAGCCUGCACCGUUCCUUCUUUUCGACCGCGACGCCCGAUUCAAAGCCUCCCUGUUCCCUUCGCAAAAGUCUCUCAACAGGCGGAAAGGCUCGAACCCACCAGGCCAGCCUUUGAGCGUCACUGCUGCAGACUCACCCUUCCCCGUUGUGCUAUUCGCCUCUCGUAGCGUCGGUACGAAGCACUCGCAGGGUUCUUGGACGCUCCUUGCUCCUUACAAGUGUAUCUUGCCCAUAUGGUAUAGCCUGGUGCAUUAUCCAAUGUCGACGGGUGGAAAUCCCAAGAUCGGAGGAUUAAACGAGCUGCGGCAGGUGAGCUUUGAGCAGGGCCUGCCAUGGUUUCCGGGUGACUUCCCAGGCACGAACGCCGGUGCCGACUGGGAGCUUGAGCAGCGGGCGAAAAGGAAGGCGGACUGGGCCAAGAGACCCAAGUCGAAAAGGGUCGCGUGGGAGUCUCUUGACCUAGGGGCUGGUCGUAAGGGAGAAAUCGGCACUGGUUGGGCAUGCGAGUUUGAGAGGUUAUUCGGACUGCAGCAACCUGAAGAGGAUCCCUCAUCCGAGAACAAGGACCAGAACUCCGAUGAGGUUGUCUUGAACGACCCAGAGAACAAAGACAAGAUGGAUAUCGAUGGAGCAGAAGCCGGAUCCGCGCAAGACGAUCCAUCGAGAACCGCCGAGCGAGAGCUGACUGUCAAGAGACAGUCACCAAAGGUGCAAGCGCCUCAUCCAUUGACGCUCAUCAACCAUCUUUCCAAACGUGCUUUCAACACCCUAGUGUCUGCUACAAGCAAUGAAGCUCCGCCGCCAUAUUCUAUAGUCACUGUCAAAGUCACAAUCCUUGGCCGUGGCGUCGCCGGGCCAUGCGCUCGCAUCUACCGCCUUCCAGCCCGAAAGGAUACACCACUCACCCCUGCUACCCAGCCAGAAGUCCCGGCGACGCAGCCUCCUUCACAGAGUAAGGAACUCCCAGCCGACCUUCGCGACCAAUGGCUCGCCCAGAUCCACGGUCCUCUGACCAAAAGACACACAACCUCGGAAAAGAAUGGCACCCAGCCCCGCCGUUUCCCUGCCGGCGCAGACUUUGAAACCCAGAAGCUCCUGCUUGCGCAAACACUGUUGACGAGCAAGGCCCCUUUCCCGCCGGAGAAGGUCCCGGGCGGCAGCGGUGACCACCCUUUUGUGCCUGGUGAGGAAGACCUCAUAGGAUACGUGACCAAGGGGGAGUUCUGCCUCGCGCAGGGACAGGCGGUGGCGGUUGGGAGUGUCUCCGCUGAGAGGGCACUGGAGGCGUUGCGCACUGGCGGCGAGGAGGGAAGGAUAUGUGUGGUCAGGAAUGCUGGGGAGGAAGUUGGCUGGGUGGCUAGAUGGGAUAUAGUGUAG